UCAUAGGACCUGUUUUAAAGGACAAGCCUGAACUCACCGUCCUGCCUCGGGGCCCGGGCUCCAUACCUGGGGAGUAGACAGUCUUCUACUUUCUAACAAGCUGGACUUGAAGUUGCAGUAAAUCUCCUGGUUGAGUGACAGGUGUUUCCCAGCUCAGCCCUUGGGGAGAUUCUCCAGUUGGGCAGGACACCUGUCCCCAGGGGCCUAGUGGGCUGGACUCCUUCGGCCCUGUUCAAAGUGAGGGGGUGGGUCCUACCAGGUCUGGGAAAGGUUCUGAUUUCCCUCUCCUUUGGUCCGUCUGUCUGUUCGUCUUUGGGAAUGGCUGCUUCCUGAUCUUUUUCUUUCUCAUUUAAACCUCUCUCUGUAGCCCUCCUCCUUUCUCUUCACUGGAACUACUCAGAGCUCUGAUCUCCGUCCCUCUGUCUCUGGCUCCGGCAUCUGUCUGGGCUCCUGGCCUCCUUCUCCCCCCUCCCAACCCCUCCCCCGCGCUGUCAUUCACCCCGCUCCUCUCCACGCACAGCCAAUGGAGAGACCCGGCCGAAACAGCUAGGCUCGCUCGCUCAGGGCUUUUUCGCCCGGUGAUUGAUGUCCCAGAGUCAACAGCGAGCGAGCAGCCGGAGAAGGGAAGGAGAAGCCGGAGAGGGGAAGAAUACAGCUCCCCCUCUCUCCUUCCCCUCCCCCCUACUUUGGCCCUUCUGCGCACUUCGCCUUCAAGUCUCAGCGCAGCCUGGGGUGGCGAUUGCCUCCGCGCUCCGACUCGCUGCCCGGGUAGUCCAGCGCAGCGAUCGCCCGCGCCCGGGCCCCCGCGUGGGGCCGGGGCCAGCAUGGAGCACCUGGGUCCGCACCAUCUCCACCCGGGCCACGCGGAGCCCAUCAGCUUCGGUAUCGACCAGAUCCUCAACAGCCCCGACCAGGGCGGCUGCAUGGGGCCCGCUUCGCGCCUCCAGGAUGGAGACUACGGCCUUGGCUGUUUGGUUGGAGGCGCCUACACUUACGGCGGCGGGGGCUCCGCUGCUGGGGCGGGGGCCGGGGGCACUGGCGCUUACGGCGCGGGUGGCCCAGGUGGUCCUGGUGGUCCGGCGGGCGGCGGCGGCGGUGCCUGCAGCAUGGGCCCACUGCCCGGCUCCUACAACGUGAACAUGGCCUUGGCGGGCGGCCCCGGUCCGGGCGGCGGCGGCGGUGGCGGGGGUGCCGGUGGCGCCGGGGCGCUGAGCGCUGCAGGGGUGAUCCGGGUGCCCGCGCACAGGCCGCUAGCUGGAGCUGUGGCCCAUCCCCAGCCCCUGGCCACCGGCUUGCCUACAGUACCCUCUGUGCCUGCGGUGCCGGGUGUCAACAACCUCACCGGCCUCACCUUUCCCUGGAUGGAGAGUAACCGCAGAUACACAAAGGACAGGUUCACAGUGGCCCUCUCACCCUUCACUGUAACACGCCGUAUAGGUCACCCCUAUCAGAACCGGACGCCCCCUAAGAAGAAGAAGCCGCGCACAUCCUUCACGCGCCUGCAGAUCUGUGAGCUGGAAAAGCGCUUCCACCGCCAGAAGUACUUGGCUUCGGCGGAGCGCGCUGCUCUGGCCAAGGCGCUCAAAAUGACCGAUGCGCAAGUAAAAACCUGGUUCCAGAACCGGAGGACGAAAUGGAGGCGACAGACAGCAGAGGAACGUGAGGCCGAGAGGCAGCAGGCGAACCGCAUCCUCCUGCAGCUGCAGCAGGAAGCCUUCCAGAAGAGCCUGGCCCAGCCGCUGCCUGCAGACCCACUGUGCGUGCACAACUCCUCGCUCUUCGCCCUGCAGAACCUGCAGCCGUGGUCUGACGACUCCACCAAAAUCACCAGCGUCACGUCCGUGGCUUCGGCCUGCGAGUGAGGACCCAAGGCCCGUUGAGGACUUUCCGGAGAACCAGAACUCUCGACACCCUUUCUGACUGCACGCAGGAGGGAAAUGGGGGGCUUCUCAGCAAGGCUCCCAAGCACCGCCUCCACUCCCCUGCGGACACUUCCUGUCUUCGGUGGAAGAGGGCUGGGGAUACAGGCAGAGACAUCUUCCCAGAAGCCUGUGUGAUCCUGCCCUCACUCUGGAACAGUUCAGAAUCCUCUGUUUUCCUCUAUUUCAUAAAAUUUACUGAUUUUUAACAUGGGACAGAGAGACCCAAAGGAAGUAGGGUCCGGAAGGCUUCUGGGAUCCCCAGGCAGCCAUCUGUACUAAAGCUGGAAACCUCUCUGUUCCUCUCCUGGGAGGAGAGCCCGGAGGUCCACACAGAGGUGAUACCACUGUCCCUCCUGGUGUCACCCAGAGCUACACACAGGGGCCUAUCGCAGAGCAUCAGUGCACACACAGGAUCACAGCAAAUGACCCUUGUUGUAGGGCAUAGUCUGGGGUGACUCUCAGACUCACCCAAACAGCACGGACCUCAAACACACGGCCAUAGUCACACUGUGACACACACAACAGCUAAACUUGGUCUGUCAGGCCCUCAGCCACACAUCCCAGCAUCACCCAGGUCACCCAGGUCACCCAGGUAUGCACAGACAGGCUUUCACAUAAAUGCAGCCCAUUUCUCCAGAUCCUGUUUGGGGAGGGGGGUAAGUUAUGCCCUUAUAAGUUAUGCGCUUAUAAGGUGUUUUCUGUGUAACCAUUUUAUAAAGUGCUUGUGUAAUUUAUGUGGAAAAAUAAUAAAAGCCUCUGGAUCAGGA